AUGAAUACAACUACCAUUCCAGAAUCAGACUUUGUGUUGAACUGCAUGGUUGCCACAGACAAGAAGACCUUUACAGUUGCAACCCUUGCUUUAAUCUACCUAAUAACUCUUUUUGGGAAUCUCCUUGUAAUUCUGGUCAUAUUAAUAAACCAUCAGCUGCAGACACCCAUGUUUUUCUGUAUUGGCGCCUUAGCAGCGAUUGACUUGGCAAACAGUAGUAACCUCAUCCCCAAAAUGCUUUCUCUUCUUAUAUUUGACUACACAGUCGUGUCCAGUGGUUUUUGUUUGCUGCAGAUGGUUCUUGUCUUCCACUUGGAGGUAAUAGAAACUCUUCUUUUGGGCCUAAUGGCAUAUGACCGGUAUGUAGCCGUUGUGUAUCCUCUGAGAUACCCUUCCAUUAUUACAAAUAGAACUGUUUUCAUUUUCCUUUUAGUUUUUAAUGGUAUUGGACUCAUUGACAUCACACCAUUUAUAAUUUAUGCUAAAGAGCUUCCCUUCUGUAAGACCAAUGUUUUGCCAUAUUGUUUCUGUGAUUAUUCUACUAUGGUUCAUAUUGCUUGUACCGAAGACCCAAAAUACUUAACUAUUUUGUCCAUCACUGCUGCUGUCCUUGGCAUCGGGCCAUUGGUCCUGAUCCUGUUUUCCUACACUCGGAUUGCUUAUGCGGCUCUUAAGAUUUCAUCAGUGGAAGGCAAGAGAAAAGUUUUCAGCACAUGUUUGACACACCUUCUGGUGGUUGGACUCUUCUAUUGUCCUUUGUUGUUGUCUUAUGUGCUACCGGGAGCUGGAGUAAAACUGUCAACAGAAGCCUAUAACACAAUGGUCAUUGUGGGUAAUAUCAUUCCACCAAUGUUGAAUCCAUUAAUUUAUAGCUUUAGGAACAAAGAAAUUAAAAACAGCAUUUAUAAGCUUUUUAUGGGAAAAAGAACUGUCACACAAAUCGAAGCAAAGAAAUAA